GCACGGCCCCAGGAACUACAGUUCCCAGGAGGCCUUGCGCGGACGCCCGGGAGUUGGGCUACUCCGGGGUGGGGCCUGUGGACUGCGACGUGUGGGGAGCUAGCGCGGGUCGGAUGGCCGGGCAGGUGAAGGACCGCGAGGCCUUCCAGAGGCUCAGCUUCCUGUACCAGGCUGCCCACUGCGUCCUCGCGCAGGACCCCGAGAACCAGGCACUGGCGAGGUUUUACUGCCACACGGAGAGGACCAUAGCGAAGCGGCUCGUAUUGCGGCGGGACCCUUCGGUGAAGAGGACCCUCUGUCGUGGCUGCUCUUCCCUCCUCAUCCCGGGCCUGACCUGCACCCAGCGCCAGAGACGCUGCAAGGCUCAGCGCUGGACUGUACAGACCUGCCUGACAUGCCAGCGCAGCCAACGGUUCCUCAACGAUCCUAGGCAUCUGCUCUGGGGAGACCGGCCUGAGGCCCAGCUGGGGAGCCAGGCAGACUCUUCCAGUCUUCCAGUCUUCCAGUCUUACUCUCCUCCAAAGACUCUGCCAGCCACCAGAGAGAUAUUUGAAGAGCAAAAUGCCAUUUUAUCCUUCCCCUACUUAAAAAUUUUCAGUGGCCCACACAAUCCCCAAUUGCAUAUAGUCUUGAAUACAUAUAAAGCAAAAGCUAUCAAUAUGUAGUAUACAUCUGUAAAGCAUUUUAAUUGCAGAAAAUGUAGGCCAAAGUCACAGUAAAUAACAUUGCACUACAAACUAUAGGAUGUCAAUAAUUUGCUCCCCUUUAAUCAUUUUACUUACAAAUUACUACUGGCCGUAGGCUGACUAAUGGCCCCUAAUCACAUCCUAAUGCCUGAAAACUGUGACUAUUGCCUUAGAUGGCAAAAGGGACUUUGCAGAUAUGAUGAAACUGAAGAUCUUGAAAAAGGGGGGUUAUCCUGAAUUUGCAGGGUGGGCCCAGAUGUAAUCACAACGGUCCUUAUCAGAGAAGCAAGGAGGAGUCAGAGUCAGAAGAGAAGGUGAUGUGAUGAUGGAAGCAGAGAUUGAAGUGAUGUACUUUGACGGUGGAGGAAGGAGCUACAAACCAAGCAACAUAGGCAGACUCUAGAAGCUGGAAAGUAUAAGAGAAUGAGUUUUUCCUUAGAGCCUCCAGCAGGAACCAGCCCAGCUGACACCCUGACUUUAGUCCACUGAAACUAAUUUUGGACUUCUGACCUCAAGACCUGUAAGAGAAUAAAUUUUUUUGGCCCUCAGAUGAGCCCCUAAGACUUGGAGGAUCCAACACAACUUUUCCAAUUCAAAUAUAUGGUUCUGAUCUGGCUAGAACAAUGGUCUUUCAGGAUCAUUCUUGAGUCAUACUGGGGAAAAUCAAGAAAACCAUGAGUUACCUUGACACAUCAUAGCUACCAAAAAUGUUUACUGAAUUUAUGGGGACUUCCCUGGCAGUCCAGUGGUUAAGACUCUGCGCUUCCACCACAGGGGGCGCAGGCUGGAUCCCUGGUCAGGGAACUAAGAUCCCACAUGCCACACAGUGUGGCCAAAAAGAAAAAAAAGUGUUUGCUGAAUUUAAAUGGAUCUCUUAAAUACAUCACUGGUUUACAUCAGCUUGCAGAACCUUUGCUUGUCCACCAGGGGCCAGCCCACCCUCCUGCACUUGCCAUUAUUACCAAUGUGCAGAAUUGUAUCCUACCAAAUCAGCAGCCCCACUUCUAGCACGUGUGCAGAAGAGAACCCAGGGAAUGUAUGUCCCAGAAUCCCCAUAGCUCAAGUUCAAGUUUUCCAGUGGGAGAGACUUGUAUGAGAUAUGGGGCCCAGAAGAGGGAGAUCUCGCUAUUCAUCAGGCACAUGCGUGAGCAGGCACAUGUGAAAUUCUCAGCAGCUACUGUACUAGGUUUGACACCCACCUGCUUUGCCUUGCAGACUGAGACACAGGAUGGGAGUUUUCUCACAGGUUCUAGAGAAUUACAGCAAUCUCCCAGAAAGCUUGUGAGAACCACCCACCAGUGCUUUGAGCUGAGGUCUCCAGCAUUUGCUUCCCUAACCUUCCAACUUCAGCUCCUCAGAAUUUUGGUGGUGCCUGGUAUUAUUUUCCUAUAUCUGCCAUAGCAAAUUACCACAAACUUAGUGGCUUAAAACAACAUGAGGCCUUUCUCACCUUCUGAGAUGGCCCACACUCUGUGGUGUGUUUCUCUCUAAAUAAAUCCACUUCUUACCUAUCACUUUGUCUCUCACUGAAUUCUUUCUGCGA